AUGUUUACUCAUCAUCUCCACUUUCUUCUCGUUUUGCUUCUAUUAACAACCCCUCCUGUAUUGCCUCAAUUUGGAGGUCCACAGUUUGGAGGUCCUCCUCUAAAUGCCCCUCCCAACAAUGCAUUCCCCCCUAUUGGAAAUAAUUUGGGAGGAGGUGGAUUUCAAUCAGAUCCGUGUGCGGCAAUGUGUGGAGGUCCAAACAUGGGAAAUUCAAUACAACAUCAACAACCUUUACAACAAUUUGCUUUAAUGCCUCCUAAUGGGCAACAAAUGCAACAAAGAGAUGAAAGAUGUUGUUGCUGCUGUUGUCCUCCACCUCCACCACCCCCACCAAUGAUGGCACCUCCACAAAGACCCCCAUGCUGUGUAAUUUGUUGUUGUGAACAACAAGAACCACCACCAAUGCCUCCACCAAUAAUUCUGCAGCCACUACCACCACCACCCCCUCCGCCCCCACAAAGUGAGUAA